UACAUACUAGAAGAUGACUUAGCCACCAACUGACUUGAUAUUUAUACAAAUUAUUCUUUAUAAUCGAGACUGAUAAACAGAAGAAAACCUCAGAUUCUUCACAUUUUUGCAUACUAAGCCCAAACAUGCACAAAAGAGUGAUUUUUUUUUUUUUUCUUUUUUAAUUGUUGUUCUAAAUCCUGUGUAUCUUUAAAGGAGAAAUACUUUUGCAGACAAAAAAUGUGGCAAAAGGACGUUUUUUUUCUAGUAACAUGGUAUAAAAAGUUACUUGAGAGAGAGAUGUUUCUAAACAAGUACAUUCUUGGGAAAGAACUGGGAGAGAGAAAAAUUCCAUCAGUUUUAUUUAUAUGACAGUUCCCUUGCUGGACGCCCUGCAGUGCUAUAAGCUGUACAGAUCCGGUUAGCAAGAAACAAACCUCCCCAAAUAUUUGCAGCUAAAAAGCUAGGAGAAACUGUUGAAAUUUCCUGAAAUUUUGGGGUUGGAAGGGUUUUCCUUGAAAUCAGGUGAUACCAGUGGAAGUGAAUAAUUCAGUCAAUGUAUGCAAAAAUGUUAUAGCAGUUCUUCAGAAACAGUGCAUAUAAUUUAAAAUCACUUUUUAACUCUAAGGUUUUCUACCUGGCUCAAUGCAGUGGGUAGCAGUAAACAUAUAUAGGAUUAAAAUCUGCUAGAAAGUUUCUAAAACCAGACUAUUAACAGCUAAAGUAAAAGCAAGUAGCUGAAGUAAAUGUGAGAUUGUGUCAGGAAGAAAGGUCUUCUAAGUCCAUUUAAUUGUCAUGCCUUAUUUGCUGAAUCUGCUUAAUGUUUCCAUGUGACUUCCCUGACCACACAUCAUAAAGCUCAGUUAAGCUGCGAAGUCUCUCUUCAGCAAAACCAGUGAAGUAGUUUGUAUCUUUGUCUCCACAGCUUGUAUAGUUUAAAUGCCAUGCAGAAAGCAGUGCACAUAUACAGCUGCUUUUGUUUUUCUGAUUUUAAUUGUUGCAGAUACAUAGAUAAUCUUUAGUAAACGAUAUUAAUAUGUCUGAAUAUUAGAGCCUGAUAAAGAACUGAAGUUUUCUUCUUGUUGCUCCAAUGAUAUCAAAUGAUGGUAUCGUCAGACUCUUGGUAUCCAUUUAAUCUUAUCUGGAAAAGAAUUUUUCAUGUAGCCGCCUCACAAACUAACAUAAGCUUUUCUUAUGCUACAGUUAUUAGUACUAAUAUUGAUAAAUCUCAUGUGCUAAUAUGUUAUUUGCUGUAUACUCUUAAAAUCCUGCUAUCUGGGAGAAUCUCAGUUGCCCCUUGGCUGUUUGCCCUGGAGAACCUAAGUGUUUCACUCGUAAAUGCUUCAGGGAAAUACUCCUCAUCAUCUGCUCCCAGGCUUGCUCUGGUUUGCACAGCAGGUCAAUUUCUGCCAGGCUGGGCAGCAAGAAGGGGGCCUGCAGGAGGUUGGGCUUCAGCUCCUUCUAGCAGAGGCAACACUUAACAAAGUAUACACAUCACUGAUGUCCAUCCUGCGGAGAAAUGAACUGUGAGAAAAUUCAAGCAAACAUGUUCCAACUGUUCAUAGAGAGGAUUGCCUCAACCAAGUGGUUGGUACUAAAAUGAUAUGGGUGGCAGUCAUUGGUGAUUGGUUCAACCUCAUAUUUAAAUGGAUUUUAUUUGGCCAUCGCCCAUACUGGUGGGUGCAAGAAACAAUGAUUUAUCCCAAUCAGUCAAGCCCAUGCCUUGAACAGUUUCCUAUAACAUGUGAAACUGGACCAGGAAGCCCAUCCGGACAUGCCAUGGGAUCUUCUUGUGUCUGGUAUGUAAUGGUCACUGCAGCACUUAGCUACACAGUUAGAUGGAAAGAUAAAUCAGCAGUUAGCCUUCACAGACUGACAUGGUCAUUCCUCUGGAGUAUUUUUUGGAUUAUACAGAUCAGUGUGUGCAUCUCAAGAGUAUUCAUAGCAACGCAUUUCCCUCAUCAAGUUGUUAUUGGAGUAUUUGCUGGCAUUCUGGUGGCAGAAGCAUUUGAGCAUACAUCUGCUAUUCAGACAGCGAGCUUGGGAAUGUACAUCAAGACAAACUUGUUUCUUUUCAUCUUUGCCCUUGGCUUUUAUCUAGUCCUCAAGCUUCUUGAUAUUGACUUGCUAUGGUCUGUUCCAAAGGCCAAGAAGUGGUGUGCCAACCCAGACUGGAUAAACAUUGACACAACUCCAUUUGCUGGACUGGUGAGGAAUUUAGGUGCACUCUUUGGCUUAGGUCUCGGAAUUAAUUCUGAAAUGUUCAUCAUGAGCUGCAGAGGUAAAAAUAGCUGUAAGAUAAGUUUCCGUGUGGUGUGUAUAGCUGCUUCUUUAGCUACACUGCAGCUGUAUAAUUUCGUUAAGAUACCUACUCAUACUGAAUAUUUGUUCUACAUUCUCUCUUUUUGUAAGAGUGCAGCUAUGCCUCUGACUGUAGUUGCAUUGGUUCCAUACUGCGUCCACUCAUUAAUGAGGAAAACUGAAAAGAAACUUAAUUAGAUAGAGUUUCCAGAUGGUUAGCCAUGAGGGGAUGGAUAUGAACUGGUCAAGAACCCUCAACAAAAGGCAGUUUUGCCAAGUCAUUUUAUCCCAAGGGGAUGCCAAUGCAUCUUUGAUGUGCUUCUGGUAAGUAGCUAGUGCAUCCAAGAUCAGUGCAUUCAAGAAUGACCUUGCCAGCUCAGAAAUACUAAUUGCUGUUGUUUUUUUUCCCUAGAAAUAUUGCAACCACACUGCAGUAUGGUUAAAAAUAACCCAAUACUCUGGGUCAUAACAAAGUUUCAAAGUAUAAUCUAUUAGUUUUAUGUAGCUACUUAGUGGUCUUUUAGUUCUGUCCAUCUCCAGCUAGCUGAUGCUUUGAGCCUCAGUUAUACAUAGUGAUACUCAGUAUUUAAUUUUAUGUAUAUACAGAGAGAGAUAAUUGUGUGUUAAAACUGCUAGAGAAGGGUAUGAUAGUGUCACACCCCCUCCAACUCUAUAGCUGUACACUGUGAAAAAGGACAGCAUAGUUAUAAAGAAGACUUCAGAGUUAACUUAUUGAGCUUCCUGAGCAAAACAGCUUCUGAUUAAGCCAGAUGAUGAAAAAUACUGAAUGUUUCUUUUGAUUAGAGUCUGUAGAAUAUAUUUUUGUGUUACUGUGUGUUUUUUGUCAUUUCUACCUUUUGAAAGCAGUCACAUGAAUCAUGGCUGGUACAGAUUACACCUUUAAUGUUGAAAAUGCAUAAAUAUGGUGUAACAAAUCUUUGGAUUCUGUACAUCUGCGCAGAGCAACAAAUGAAGAAUGCUGUCAAUAAUGAAAUCAUCUCAGCAUAGCACCUUGAGAAUGUUGUUCAAGUUCCUGUAUUGCAAAGGUAAAUUAGUCUAGUUCUCUCAGGUCAAGUCAAGUCACACACCUGAGUUGCUGGUAGCAGUUGAGUAAAUCAUGACAAUGCGAUUGCAGACUGUCACUGCAAGUUUAUAUUCUUGUCAGCUUUGUUUACCUAAGUACACAAGUUACUCAUAUGUUAAAUAUGUUUGCUAUAUAAAAUGGAUAUUCUAAAUAAAGGCAGGUAUUUUCUUUUUUUAUUCAUUA